ACUACCGGUUUUAUCGUGUGCUCUCGGUCGCUCGUACGCCACUCGUGAUCGUAUUGCGUACGUACUAUUAUAUUUAAUCAUAUAAUAUUAAUAAUUAUCUACCACUGACUCAUACACGAUUCCGAGGAUAUUGGUGAAAAAAAUGUUCUUGUCGACGUGCGUGUGCUCGCGGCUUCAAUAUUACCCGUAUUUUAGAAGAAUAUAUAUAUAUACAUAUUAAUGCGCGUAUCUGCGGCACAAGAUGACGAGCGAUCGCGGAUCGUGUCGUCGUGACGUAAAUCCGUUUGCCGAUGAGUCACGCAGUUGCGGCGGCUGUCCCGAUUUACCGGGCGCGUCAUCGGCGGCGGGCCAAGUGGUGGCGGUACCGUUGAAUCGCAGUGGUGGUAUAGUGGCCGUCGUACGUACGCAAAGUUCCAUUCACCAAGUACCGCUACCGCCUAUAGUGUACGUACCGUGCCCUCCUCAACCGCCGGUGAAAUGUCGCCGUCGCAUAAGUCCGUUUUACGGUUUUCCCACUCCUUCCGGAGUGUGUCUCCCGUCUCCACCCACCGCGGCACGACAACGAUAUUAUGCUAUACUACGCGUGAAGUUUUUAGUCAUUCAGUGUACUCUCGACCCGAAAGUCGACCGUUUCGUAGCUGCUCUAUCGCCAUCUUCCGCGUCGGCCUUACACAGGUGUGUGCGAUCGUUACGCGGUUUCUCCGUCCGUCGAAUUCCGCGAGACUUUGCUGGAAGCGUUUAAAUAAUAAUUUAAGACGACGAUAUCCACGUUCGCGUAUACUGUGUGUUUACUCGGCAAUCGGACAACGGACAUUGAUUUUUGUCGAUCGAUUUUUAAAAUAUUAUGCUUCAACCAGCACAAAUGGUACCUUCGUCCGAUAACCACAACGAUUUGAGCUCGUCCGUCUGUCGCGAUUGUCUAGAUCCCGUGGGCUUGUGCACUUGUAGCUGGCAAAUCAUGCAGUUGGACGCCAGUUACAGCAUUUAUACCACAUUAAACGAUGAGACGACUAAACGGCCGUCAUCCACAACGUCUUCAUUCUUUAGCGACAUGCACAAGUUGGAUGGUCUCAAUUGUGGUGGUAUACCUACACGUACAACACCAACUUUAACACCAACUACACUUCGUACCAUAGCUGCUGACAUAGCUAGUUUGUCACCUGGCCCACCUGAAAAUUUUGCAGCUGCAGCUUCCGACCUGCAUCACCUUGUAUCGUCUUCAUGUUCUACUAUAAAUACAUCAACUUUAGGAGCUUCAGAUCGUACUGAUUUACAAGAACGUGGUGCUAUACAUAAUCUAAGCAGUCAAACAAUAGGUCUUCAAAGCCUAAACAAUCAACAUAUUAGUCUCAAUAAUGUACAAAAUCAUCAAAAUUUAAAUCAAAAUAGUUUAAACCAACAACAACGUAAUGAUUAUAAUAAUUCCUUUUCAACGGCUGCAUCAAGGCAGGCUGGUUUUGUCCCACCACUAGUAUUGCAAAUCAAUUCCAGUAACCCUAGUGCUCAACAAUCGUCAGGUUCAACAAUUUUAUUAAACAAUAGCACAAGUUCUGGUUCAAGUUCUAUAUUUAGUGCAAAAGGUUCAUCUACUUCAGCAUCAUCUUCACACUGGCAAGGAGUAGUAGUUACCCAAAGACCUCAGAAUAGAGCCCGUAGUGUAAAUAAACGACAAUUUACUGAUGAUGAAGAAGGCGAUGAUGAUUAUGAUUCUGCAGCUGAUGAUGGAACAGAUAGUAGUGAUACAACUUCUGGUAAAAUGACACGUAAACAAAAUUCUAAAAACAAUAAAUCAAAUUCAAAGAAUAGUAAUAAAAGUGAACUCAAGAAUAAUACAGCCAAUUCAGGAGGUGGCCGUCGGACUAAUAACAAAGAUAACAAAAUAAUGUCAGCAGAAGAAGAACAACGUCGCCAAGUCCGGAGAGAACGUAAUAAACUGGCAGCAGCUCGUUGCCGUAAGCGCAGAAUGGAUCAUACCAAUGAACUUUUAGAGGAAACUGGGCAGUUAGAAGAUAAAAGGUUGAGAUUGCAAGUUGAAAUUCAAGGCCUUCGUCAACAAAAAACUGAUCUACAACAAAUGUUAGCUCAGCACAAAUGUGCUGUAAAUAUGAACAAUGUACAGUUGUCAAAUUCCAUUGCAUCUGUAAAUCAAACUACUACAAUAUUAGAUUCAAAUGAAAUUUCUGAAACAAAACCCAUUAUAUUAAGUAAUCAUUUGUCAUCAAUUAAGGGAAUUCCUUUACAACAAAAUAUCAGUACAAACAUAGUUAUCAGUGAUAAUGAUAGUAAUAAUGUUGAUGAUAUUAUAAUAAAGCAUGAAGAUAAUUCUAUUAUUCAAACCGACAUUGAUUCCAAGGAUUCCAUAAAUAUUAUUCCUACUUCUGUAAUGCAACAGCCGCAAAGAAGACGACCUACUACACUAUUGCAACUUAACAAUGGUAAUUAUGGUAAUAGUAAAAAAAUAUCUGAAAAUGGCUCUAAUGGUGUAGUAGUAUUGAAUUUUGAUUCGCUCAUGGAUGGUGGCACGGGAUUAACGCCUGUAUCAUCUAGUGGUGGAAGUGUUCAAAAUCACCAUCAACAAGUUCAACAUAGUAGCACAGGAAAUAGUGGUGUAAAUACUGACAAUACCAGUGUUUUAUCAUAAAACAAAAGUCAUAAUAAAUUAGUCAAUUAAAUUAGUCAACUAGAAUUAGUCAGUCAAUGAAGUAACAUCAGAGUUGGGCAUAGCAAUUUAAAAAAAAUAAAAGGAUUUUUUUAGUAAAUGUUAAGUUCAAUGGAAGUUUUUUAAUGAAAUAAAAUCAUGAUCAUAAUUUAUCUAGUCAAAUAUAUUUAUUGUAACUAUGAUAAUUUAUAAAUUAUAUAAAAAUAAUAAUUUUAUUUCUGUUAAGAUGAAAAUGUAAAUAUUUGUUAACCAGUGGAAUUACCAAAGAAUAUCCAAAAAAUGUUAGCCAUGAGUUAAUUUUUUUCUACAUUUUUACAAAAAGCUCUUGAUAACUUAAAAUAAAUAAAUUUGUAUUAUCAUAUGUUUUUAGUUGUGUGUGUUAUACUGUGUUUAGUCUAAAAUCUAUAGCCAUUUUAAUUGUCUUUGCAUUUUAAAUUUUAUGGCUACUAAAACUUGAUCAAAAUGAA